CAGGAGGGCUACCAUCAAGGAAAAGCGGGAGUACAAUCCAGUAGAGGUAACCAAGCCUCUCGAGCUGGUUGGAAUGGACUUGGUGGGUAAACUCAAUGUAACAGAUGGUGGCAACCAGUACAUAUGUGUCAUGGUUGAUUAUUUCACCAAAUGGGCAGAGGCAUACCCACUAAAAAGCAAAACAGCAGACAAGGUGACAAAUUGUAUUCUUGAUUUCUUUUACAAAUUUGGUGCACCCAAAAGGCUGCUAACAGACCAAGGCUCAGAAUUUCGCAACAAGGUAUAGUGAUUAUGCAAUAUGGAUCACCAACAUGUAACUUUUGCUGUGCUGGCUCAGCUCAUGUUCAUUUGAAUGGUCAUUUCAAGGUCAACUAUGGUUUGUGUGAGAGGCUGGGCAUUAAGAGGAGCCUGUGCUCCCCUUACCAUCCACAGACCAAUGGCCUUGUGGAAAAGCUGAAUGGCACGACACAGAGGUAUAGUUACUUGAACUUGAGCCCUUAAUAGCCUAACACACUUAUGUCCUGUUUCAGUCUGAACAGGUAAUCAUUAAUGGCACUCUCUGGAAAAGGGUUGCAUUAUCAUACACGACAACCCAAAUUAUCUUUUGCCUCCUCAUGCGUGUACCUGAAUUCUGCAUUUUAAGGUCCCUAAACAAACUGGUGGCUAAGCACCCCAACCGUUGGGACCAGUAUCUCCAGCCAACUAUGUUUGCCUUGAGGAUCAAGAAGCAGCUGACUACACAAUACAGCCCGUACUACCUGAUGUUUGGGAGGGAGGCCAGGUAUCCCUCAGAGGUCCCAAAUGAGUAUGACGUGACCGAAGAGAAGGUCUGCAACCUCAUAAAGACAGAGGAGAUCUGCAAGGGACUACGAGAUCAGGCCACAAUCUACAAAGAGGUAAAAGCCAAUAUUGAGGCCAAACAGCAAAAGGUCCGCAAGAGGAAGGAGGACAGAGGUCAAGCAGACAAUUUUAAAGUGGGGGACCUUGUUCUGAAAAAAAAAUGCGUGGCAGGCCAUGAGAAAAGGGGACAAACUGGAGGCCAGUUUGGUGGGACCUUUCAAAAUAUCAAAGCUGGAGGAGAAGACUGCUCACAUGGUGUCAGAGAGGGGGAAACAAUCAAGAGUAAACAUUGACCACUUGACUCAUUACUUCCAGCCAGAGGAGAGGACCCCUGCCAAAAUCAAAAAAUUGUCUGAUCCUACUCCUCUGGCUGGUCCCCGCAUUGACCCACCCACCACAUCAGUCAUACCCCCAGCAAGGCAAACCAUGAGCUGCGAAGCCCAAGGACCUCCACUCAGUGCAGAUAUUUUAAUGAGAGACAUAUGGGCAGGAAGGCGAAGAACCACACUCUGGUCAAGGCUGGGGCCAUAUAAAUUAUAUAUGGAGGACCUCUUGUACCUGGCCCCGGGAAAGGAGAUGGAAAGUCAGAUCAUUAAUGCAUACCUAACAAUGGUUGGGAGGAAGAGUGGUGCUGUCAUUAUAGACAGCUAUGGAAUGACAGCAGUGUGGCAGGGCAAACAGACAGGCUUGAAACAGUUGGCCCUUGAUCGUGAUGUGGCUGCAGGAGCAGUCUGUCAUGAAGGACACUGGACACUCAUUAUCAUGUACCUGAAGGAGAUGAGGUCCUUAUACCUUGAUCCAUGUGGGGCCACUCAGCAACAGAUUGAGAGAUGUAAACAUGUAACAAGAGCACUGGUUCGCCAGAAGUGUCCUGCUAUUGGUAGGUGGACAUGUUCUACAGUGGCCCAUCCAAAACAGCAGGACACAUCAUGUGGGGUGUUUGUGUGCAAGGUGAUGACUCAGUGAUCUCUGUGCCUGUCAUUAAAGAGUCAUUCAAAUUACACUCAUCAGACUUUUAGCUUGCAGAGCAGAUUUUGCUGGCCCAGCAGAUCCACUAUGCAGUGGACCAGGAGGGUGUGACCAUGCUAAGGAUGGACAUGGCUAAAGCUCUGCUGGCAAAUACAGGUACAAAGGACUCUUCCAGGUUUACUUGUUUGUGUCUGUAAUGGCAACUGUUGCCCCAGCUGUGUUGGGCUUGUGGGGAGGAGAGCUCCGGGGCUGAGAUGGACGAGUGGGUAAG